CCAACAAAGAAGCUGUAGCAACCGCUGGUCAUGCACUUAAGCUGGAUGGAAACUACACCACCUCACCUUACAUAGAGAUCAUCCUGGCGAACAGACCAGCUUUUGGUGAUGGCAUCACUGGCGUUCAUGACUCUCAAGCAGCCAGACUCCAGGAGCUAGUGGAUUUUGUGCAAGCACAGGACGAAGCCAUUCAUUAUUUCGCAUUGCAGGGUGGAAAUCCCAGCUCGGAAACACUGGCGAGUCCAGCAUUAUCUGUUGAGGGCGUGCUGGAUGGUUUCGACGCCAGAUUGAAGAGGCUUGAGAGAUGGCAAAUCAUAAACACGGUUCUCUGGACAUUUUUCGUGUCAGCGUUCAUUGGCUACGUACUUUACCAACGAUCGGCCAGGCGCCCAAGCAGAUAAGAUUCAUUUUCUUCUUUGCUGAGGAGGUAAAAGAACGGAAACUCUGUAAGUUCUCGCAUUUGGAACACGCAGCAACCAAUGGCAGCAUGUUUUCAAAACUUCACUGUUUAAGCUUAGUAGCGCUAGUGCCGCCCGAGGGAGUACAUCGAGCUCAACUGGAAGUCGUAGCAGCAAGCUAUCAAAGUCGGGCAAGGAACACAGCGUUGAUCAGGACUUUGUCCAGAAAUUCCAGCGCGGUCACAGCGAUUCUUGGUGGACACGGCGAGUGGAAGCACUUGGAGGAGUGUAACGAUGUUUGUGAGCGUCGACUGGAGCCACUGAGGACUUUGAGGAAUGUGUGCUCAAUCGCGCUACGAGCCGAUUUGAAUGCGAUUUGUCUUGUCAAUGAAGAACCCUAUGGCGGAUCCACUGAGGGACUUGUGGAAUUUGCGAGAAGCGCCAGCUCGCUGUAAAGCUGGGCAUGCUGA